UGUGUGAUCAAAAGUUAUCAAAAGAUUUAGUUAUCAUUGAAGCGUGUGGCUGUGGCAUGGCGUUGAGUUGUGAUGUUUCGCCAUGACAGGCGAAAUUGAUAUAAGUUUUGUGUGCAUGGUCGGAACUGCCUGAAACUUGACAUUUGAAAACAGUCCAGGCCUGAACACGUCGACAUGACAAUAUUUAGUCAGUGAUGUAAACUGGCUCCAUGGCGCCACCCACGACAUUUCAAUGAAGCAGCCCAAGCAGCAGGCAAAACAGCAAACAAAGGAUGUGAUGUUAACCUCCUUUUUUCAUUAUCUGAAAACAGCCCUUGUGUUGAGACAUCUAUAUACCCGUGACUGAAGCACUUCAACUGCACCUGACACGACAUAUGCAAGGGCGUGAGGGCCCGAUCAUCGCUGCUUGCAGCUUUAAUUAUUAUUAUUAUUAUUAUUAUUAUUAUUAUUAUUAUUAUUAUUAUUAUUAUUACGGCAUUUUGAUCGUGAAUAACUCGAAUGCGCAUAUCCCAAAACUCCCGAAAUUUGGAAUGCGAGUCAGUUCUGGUGAAAAUUUAAGAUUUAAUGUGUCUCACAAAAAAUGCGGGGAAAAAUGGCUCGACAGCGCCACCUAGAAAAUUAAUAAAAGCGAGCCCCACGAUACAGAUUAUCGUAGAACAAUGAAAUUUGGUGUGCAUUUUAUUAUAAGUUUUUUAUUUCUUUUUUAUUUAAGUUAGAAAUCUUUUAGUCUUAUUUUUUAAGUUAAAGUUAAAGGUACUUCUUUUUGAAAGCAGUACAUUGCUACACAUUUCAAUUGUUUUGUUUAACCUGUUACUAAGUUACAGACAUCUGAAAGGAGGACUGGCUGUUCAAGGUCUGCAGAGCUAACGUUUCUCAGCUACCAGAAGCACUCAUCUGUCAUCAGACUGCCACAACAACUGUGUUCCUGAUUUUGAAUAUAUAAACCUUGAUAUAUUUACAAUGAAUAUUUAUCAAACACAGAAAAUAAAACUACCAUAGCUUUACGUUAUUCGCUGGUGGUAAGUGCCCACACUUUAGGAUCAGGGCAGAUCAUAGCUGAUAGUGGACUACUGGUUGUGUAUUGGAAUAUUAGUGGAAAAUAUUUGAAUUGUGUGUAGUUCUGUGGUGAAACUUUAAACUAUUGAUGUCAUAAAUAGCAUUGGUAUUAAUUUAUCCUUUCUAGUGUGUCAACCUUAAAUUGUAACAGCAACUAUACAUUGAGGCAUUUUGAAAUCUGUAGGAACUGAAGUAAGUUAAUUUCUUCGUCCCAAGUGCUUUGGCUUACUACAAAAACAACUGAAAAGCGUUAUUGAAAUUUAGGUAGAUCAAAAUCUUAAUGUCAAUAGCAUUGGAAUUAGCACAAUUCAUCUUAUGUACUGUGUCAGUGUUAAGCUUUUGCAUUGAAUAUACCACAGAUUUAACAAGACAUUUUAAAACUUUUUUACAUCGUAAAUAUCCUUUUGUGUACAAUUAGAAAUCUGUAGGAACUGAAAUCUGUAUUCUCAGAGUACUAGAACGAUUUCUAUAAAGAGGUUUCCUAUAUCUGUAUAUUCCUAUAUCUAUAUAUCUUAGUCUAUGCUGCCUCUGAUUUGUAAUUUAAUCUAGCCAUUUUGAAACCAGUUAUAUCAAAGUAGUCGUUUUGAAAUUGAAUUGUAAAACACCUAUCUUAUUUUGUUCUACUUGACAAAAAAAAACCUUAUUACAGACUGUAAAGGCCAAUUAUAAUCAAAAGUUGAAUCUUGCAGAUUUCUACAUUUGUUGUAACGAAGUGCAUAUUUAAAGAUAACACUGUUCUUGUAAAACAGUAUACCUAAGAAAUAAGAUUGGAGUGAAAAACUAUAUUAAUACGAGGAAAGACCUGUGGUUCCUGAACUUGUUGCUGUUUCAGACCUCUGUAGGUUUGUACCCAAAGGUUUGUUUUGAUUGGAAAUAUCUUCAUAUUUGACUACAAUCAGUUUUUCUUUAGUCAUCUAGUGUAAAUAAGUGUAAAAGUAACAACAUUGUACUCCUUGUCCCUGAUUCACAUAAACACACACCAAAGAUACAGACCCACUCACAUUGUUUGAAUCAGUAAGUGUAUAGAAGUAAAUAAAAUUUGAGAAUUAAUAUAGAUCAAAUAGUGUUAAGUUUUACCUUGAAUAUUAUAAGAGGCUUGGCCAGGAUUUUCUGGAAAACGUUUUUGGUCACUGUUAAUAUUCUCGUUCUUUAAGUAAAUUAUAAAUUCAAUACAUUUGAAACAAACCUGGGCUCUUUUGUGUGUUAAUUUACUGUUCCCAAGGGUUUAGAUUAGUAAAAGCAAAUACAGGUUUCAUCUAGCUUCUGAUUCUGUUACAUUAACAGUAAUUGUUCAGUAAUAUAGUGUUCAAUAUCUUGAUUGUGUACAAUAAAAGUAAAACACUUGGAUUUGUGGUUUUGGAACACAACAACAAUGCCAAGAAAGACUAAGAGGUCCCAAGCUGCAAGCCUGCGCUGGCAGAGAUCAAAUGAGAUUCACUGCUUUGAGAUUCCUCAGAGCAGUGGUCAAAACGAUGCAUCAUGUGUGCAAGAGGUAUCCUAUUCAGAUGUUGUAAAAAGGGGAUGUCACAGUGAUCCGUGUGUAGCGGGACCCUCUCAUGCUUACCAGGUAAACCACAGAGGUCAAAGUGAUGUGCCAGGUGUACCACAGGUAUCAUAUGCUGACACUGUAAAGAUGGGAUUUAACAGUGAUGAUCCAUGUGUAGCAGGGCCUUCUCAUGCAUACUAGGUAAACAAUACAGGUCAACACGAUGGAUCACGUGUAACAAAGAUCUCUUAUGCUGACAUUGUAAAGAGAGGAUGUCACAGUGAUGCUUCCUGUGUAGCAGGGCCUUCACUUGCAGACAGUGUAAACCUGGGAGAUCAGCCCUCUGUAACACAAGUUUGUGCAUACCGCAGCCAAGCAUCUCUUAAAUACAGCCAGGAAUCCAGAAAUCGCCAGUGUACUUGUAACUCACUAAUAUUUCUUGCAUUCCUUCAUGAAAAUGAAAACAUCACAAGAGCAGACCUUGACCUUGUUUUGGAUAAGGGUGAUGUGAUAAAGAGGCCAGGAAAAGGUUUCCUAAUAAUAUCUGUUUGGCUGCCGAUGAGCUUCCUGCUGAGGUUCAUGCACGCGGAUGCAUCUAUAAUGUGGACAUGACACAACCUUCCAGGUACGGCACAUUAGGAGGACCUUUACCAGAAUCUGCACCAAGUUUCCUUGACCUAAAGGCAGGACUGAGCUGUCUGUUAUCAGAUGUGCAGUAUGCAUUGCUCAUAAUGACUGGGUUAUGUAUCACAGUAUUCAGAACCACAUCAGGCAGAUACGGAUUCUUUGAUCCACACCCCAGAAGAGCUAAUGGUUUGCCUGUACCCCUGAGAUCACCCCGUGCUGGUACUGCUGUAAUGCUGACAUUCACGCGUCUGAGUGAUAUGAUUGACAGGAUCAUGAAGUGUCACCAAAUGUUUGAAACACCGUCUACCUGUACUUAUGAGUUGGUGCCUGUGGAGUUUUACAAUGUGAAUUCAGCCAACUUGAAUGAUGCUAUGCCAGACACAGAGGGUCGACCUACAACUCACACUGCUGCUGUAUCAUGUGCUCUGUUGCAUGAUGCUCCUCAAAAAGAGUCAAGCCUAAGUGGUCAUAAGAUAAACACUCUCGUCACUGAUGGCUCUAAUAACAUUGUACAUGAAGUACCCACUGAUAUGGAAACUGAACCAGAACCAUCAAGCCAACCAUCGAAGUGAAUCAGACUUAUCUGCUACAAUAAUAAAUACUGUGGCCAGUGAUAAUGUCUUAUGCAACAUCUCCUGUAAACUGUCAAAACUUGGUAAACAGCAAAGGGGAAAAUAUAAGAGGAGACUAUUGCACUCUGAAAAGGCAUCACAAAGAAAAGAGAAUCAGAAAAGGAAAGAAAAGGAAAAGUAUGCUUCUGAUGAAACAUACAAAGCAAAGAAAAUAUCUUACUCAAACAGGAGAUAUCGAAACAAUUCUGAAUUACAACAAAAGAAAAAAAUAAAUAUGACCACCCGAUACAGAGAAAAUGUUCACUUCAGGCAGAGGCAAAAACAGUGCAUGAACAACUGUUACAGAAACAAUGCUGAACAUAAACAGAAAAAACAGCAGUAUAUUACCAACCGAUACAGAAGUAAUGUUAACUUCAGGCAGAAGCAAACACAGCAUAUCACCAAGCAUUACUCUCAUGACCAAGCAUUUGUGGUUAGACACAGACAACUAAUGAGACAACAAAUGCGAGACAGGUAUAAGAACAAUCUUGCAUUUAGGAGUAUGCUGAACAUGAGGUGUGCAAUGAAAAUAAAAAGGAAAUACAGACAACUGAAUACACAAACACAUGAGAGUGACAGAGAGGAUGACAACUCUUUGAUCAAGGAGGCCAUAUCUGUUUUCAGAUCAAAAAUUAAGGCCGGUCCCACUUAUGUGUGCACUGUGUGUCAUAAGGCUUCAUCUCCAAACCAAGUACAACCCUGCACAAGGUCAAAUUAUAUCAAAAAUCCAGAGGUGGUUGCAGCAUGCCUGACAGGAAAGUAUGUUCAUGUUUGUAGAGAUGACUGCAGAAAUGAACAACAGUGCAAGGUGCCUGAUGAGAGGAGGAAAGCAUGGAUCUGUUCCACCUGCCACAAAUACCUUAAAAAUGGAGCCAUGCCCACCCUUGCUGUAGCCAACAACUUGGAGCUUGCUGACAUUCUACCUGAACUGUCUGACCUCAACAUUUUGAAGAGACAGCUCAUAGCCAAGUGCAUACCAUUUGCCAAGAUUAUUCCACUUCCCAAAGGCAGACAAAGAGCCAUACGUGGUAAUGUGGUAUGUGUCCCAUCUGAGGUGCAGGAAACAGUCCAUGCUUUACCCAGACUGAGAAGUGAGUCUCAAGUCAUGAGAGUAAAACUGAAGAGGUGAUUGUUUUACAGAGGUCAUCAGCUGUUCCAGACCGUCACAUGGUCUAAACUAGUGCAGGCAUUGCAUAAACUCAGACACAUUCACCCACAGUAUACGGAUGUCACCAUCAGAGAUGAGGCUGAGUUAUGUGACCCAACACUUCCUGAUGAGGAAGAUGAUGAUGAUGACAUGGAUGUUACUAUGGAUGAUGAUGAUUAUGAUGAAGAUGAUUUGAUGGAAAUUGACAGAUGUGAGAGUAAUGCACUGUAUGAGGCAGAACAUGAUCCUGCAAAUGAACAACAAAACAGUGACAUGCUGCUUGGUGAUGACAGUCAACCACAGGAGCAGAGAGAUGAUUCAGAACAAGAAGGUGACAUGCCUAAUGGUGGUUUUGCUCUCGAAUCAUGCCUUCAGCCACCUGAUGUUGCAAAGGAGAUAUUGUGUUUCAGUGAAGGAAUAUACUCUGUUGGCCCUGCUGAAAGAAACAGUCCAGUUAGCUUUUUCAGAACACCUAAACUGGAGGCCAUGGCUUUCCCUGUUCAGUUCCCUACUGGCGAAAACACAUUGGAUGAAAAGAGACAUUAAAGUAACACCCAGCGGUUAUUUCAAAACAAGGCUUUUCUCUAUUGAUGACCAUUUUGCCAGAGACACAAACUACUUGUUCUUUGCACAGUUUGUGACUGAAAUACACUUGGCCAAUUCAAAUAUGACAACACAGCUACGUAAAGGAAAAACUCUGACCCGCGAUGGAUGCAAAAUAACCUCAGGAAUGUUGCAAGAUAAACGAGAGGUUGAGAAACUGGUGCGUAAUAAAGAUGCAGUCAGAUUCAUGCAGCCACUGAGAGGGACACCAGCCUAUUGGGAGAAAAUGGCCAUGAUCAGACAGCUGGGAACUCCUACAUUCUUUUGUACAUUUUCUGCAGCUGAAAUGCGUUGGCCUGAAGUAAUCAAGGCAAUAAAAACGCAGCAGGGGGAAGAAGUCGAUUUUGAGGAUCUCGACUGGUCCACAAAGUGUGACAUACUGCGAAGCAAUCCUGUGACGACAGUGCGCAUGUUUGAUAGACGUGUUGAACCAUUAUUCAGAGAUUUACUCUUGUCCUGCACAACCCCUUGGAAAAGUUGUUGACUACUUUUACAGAGUGGAGUUUCAGCACAGAGGAAGCCCACACAUACACUGCCCCUUAUGGGUAGAAGGUGCACCUGUGUUUGAUGAAGAUGAUGAUCAGACUGUGUGUGAUUUUGUGUCCAAAUAUGUCACUGCUCAACUACCUGACCCACAUACACAACCUGACCUGUACAAGAAAGUCACAGAGGUGCAAAUGCAUAGCAAAAAACAUUCGAGGACAUGUUUCAAAAGUCCUGGCUCUGAUUGCAGAUUUGGCUUUCCCAAACCACCCUGCAGUGAGACAAUAAUAAUGAGACCCAAUGAGGAUAAUGAUCAAACACAAGUGGAAGAAGCAAAGCAAAAGCUCAGACAGCUGAACCUGUUGUUGAAUGAACCUUUCUCUACUUCCCUUAGUUUGGAGCAGCUUCUGGCUCAAUGCAAUUUAAAAAUCAAAGAGCAUGAGCAAUGCUUGAGCAUGAUAAACAAAUCUGAUGCAGUGAUACUGAAGCGUGAUCCAAAGGACUGCUGGGUAAAUGGAUAUAAUCCCCAUCUGCUUGAAGCCUGGAAUGGCAAUUUGGAUGUAAGUUAUAUACUGAAUGCAUACGGGGCAAUUACUUACAUCACCAGUUACAUCACGAAGAAGGAGGUAGGCCUUUCUGAGUACCUCAAAACAGUCAUUCAGAACUCCAACAUGGACAGUGUCAAUGAAUGCAAUGAAAUGAGGGAAAUCAUGCAGGCAUACUCAAAAAAGAGAGCUCAGCGCUCAGGAGUGUGUAACUCGCGCAUGUGGUAUAAACAUGAAAAAGUGUCCAUGUGGUGUCAUAUUCAUACUGACAGAUGACAAUGCAGUCAGAAUGAGUCAUCCUCUUUCAUACCUGGAAAGCACUGCGCCAGAGAGUGAAAAUGUGUGGAUGACAUCUUACACUGACAGAUACAAAUCCAGGCCUGAAACACAGUUUGAGGAGAUGUGCUUGGCAGAUUUUGCAGCUACUUGCAGGAUUGUCUAUGGCGAACAGACAAAGGGCAAAAAUGUUGUUCCGCUGUUAAACAACAUGGGAUUUGUUCAAAGGAGAAGUAAUGAUAAGCCUGCCAUAAUCAGAUUUUAUUGACCCUCAGAGAAAAAGUAUCCAGAGCAAUACUAUGGCACGUUGCUGAAACUUAACCUCCCUUACCGAUCAGACCAGGAACUGAAAAGACAGUCUUUUCCCACAUACGAGUCCUUCUACGAUGGUCAAGCCUUGCACCUGAAUCUGAACUAGUGAGGCUGGAGUGUAUUAAAGAACUUGAGGCAAGAGAACCAGACAGUGUAAAUGAACAAGAAAAUGUGCCAGACUACAUCCUUCAAGGUAAUGCUGUUACAGAAUGCAGAGCUAUCAGAGAGGUCCCUGCAAUACAUCCUGUACUGUUACGGCAAAUGUUUCAGAAUCUGAACCAGAAGCCAGCCUGUGUAUUCAAUGCAGUUCAAGACUGGUGCAUAAAGCGAGCAUGUGGCCUAAAUCCAGAUCAGUUUUUCUUUUACAUAAACAGCGGUGCUGGAACAGGGAAGUCACAUCUUAUCAAAUGCAUCCACUCAGAGGCAUCUAAGAUACUGUGCAAACUGCCAAGAUAUGCUGAGGAUGCUGACAUUUCAAAACCCACUGUCCUGUUGACUGCUUUCACUGGAACCGCAGCCUUUAACAUCUCAGGCACAACGCUGCACUCCCUCCUCAGGCUACCGAGAAGCCUUAAACCCCCAUUUCAGGGACUUGGCAACAAAUUGGAUGAAGUCAGAUAUGAGCUUUUCAACGCUGAGAUCAUUAUCAUCGAUGAAGUGUCCAUGGUGUCAAAGCCCCUUUUUGCCUAUGUUGAUGUGAGACAGAUCAAAGGCAGUAAGAGACUCUUUGGAGAAAUGUCAGUAAUAGCUGUUGGAGACUUUUAUCAGUUACCACCAGUGCGACAGGCUAAACCUCUCUGUGUGCAUGACCCAUUACAGAUUGACUUGUGGCAGGAACACUUUCAGAUGAUCGGUCUGACUGAGAUUAUGCGUCAGAAGGAUGAUGUUGCCUUUGCAGAGAUGUUGAACCGGAUCCGUGUGAAGGAAAAGUCAGAUAAGUUGUCUGAAGCAGACAGAGCUUUGUUGUCACAAGCUGUCACUGAACCAGCACUCUGCCCGACUGAUGUCUUGCACAAUUUUGCAACUAAUAAACAAGUAGAUGCGCACAACUCUGCAACAUUAACCAAACUCCACUCUCACAUCACUGAAAUUGAUGCUGAUGACUGUAGAAAGGACCCACAAAAUGGCAAAAUGUCACGACAAGCCCAACCAUUUAAAGGAGGCAGAAAUGAGUUACCAGAUACACUACUAGUUGCUGAAGGUGCUUGUGUUAUGCUCACCAGACACAUAGAUGUUUCUCAAGGAUUAGUGAAUGGUUCGUUUGCUACUCUGGUCAGGUUAAUAACCUCUGAACAACAUGGAUCUGUACAUGUCACUAUGCUUGAGCUCAAGAUGGAUGAUGAAACAGCUGGAAGGAAUUGCAGUAACAGAGCACCAGGGGCACCUGACAAUCUUGUGUACAUAGAGAGAGCAGAGGAGAAUCUGAAACAGAAAAGAGUGGUACGCAGACAGUUUCCCAUAAAGCUGGCCUUUGCAUGUACAAUUCAUAAGGUUCAAGGUAUGACAACAACAUCAGCUGCAGUCUCACUGAAGCACAUUUUUGAACCUGGCAUGGCUUAUGUAGCUGUAAGUAGAGUGACCUCUCUCAGUGGACUGCACCUACUGGACAUGGAUGAGAGUAAAAUGUAUGCCAACCCAGAAAUCACUGCAACCUUAAAGACCAUGAGACAACUCAACUUCGAUGAAAUGAUGCCUCUUCUUCAUAUCAAACAAACAUUGAGGGGGCAUGACACACUGACCAUUGUUCACCAUAACACAGAAGGAUUGCCAUCUCAUGUAAAUGACAUAAAGAGCCAUCAUGAACUGUGUCUUUCAGAUGUUUCGUGCCUCACAGAAACUCACCUACAAGGCUCCUUUGUUGCUGAGAGUCUCUACUUAGAAGGCUACAACAUGUUCAAAUGCAACAGACACCUGUCCUACACAAAUUUUCCACAAAUGGCCAACAGAGGUGGUGGUGGAGUUGCUGUUUAUGUGAAAAACCACUUUCAAGUGUGUGAAAAACAGUACAUACAUAAUGUAACUGACCUUGAGUUUGUGGCUUUGAAGGCUGAAGCCCCAGUAACUUUGCAGCUGUGUACAGACCUCCAGACUACAGCUUGACAUCAUCCAUGUCAAACCUAGGAAGCCUUUUGAACUCGUUAGAGAUCAUGGAUUGUCACCCCAUCAUUGUCUGUGGCGAUUUCAACGAGAAUCUCUUAUCCAAUGCAAGUAAGCCAAUACUGGAGCUGUUUCAGUCUAGGGGAUAUGUACAACUCAUCAUUGCUGCAACCACAGAGAAGAACACACUGCUGGACCUCAUUUUCAUCUCUCAACCACAGCAUUGUCUCCAUUCUGGUGUCAUGAAAACCUAUUACAGUUAUCAUAAUCCUGUAUACUGUGUAAUGUCCUCCAGCAGUUCAUAAAGAAGUCAGCUGAGUUUUAAAGAUAAAGAAAAAUGCAAAGGACUUGUGACCAAACAAAUAUUUUCAGUGCAGUGAUCAAUAGAAAAUAGUUUAUUAGAACAUUGAGUAAAAAAGUACAGAAGAAUUUUGUAUUCAUAAGUUUGAUUGAAUCUGAAUUAUUUAAAGUGCAAUGACGAAAUCAAUUCAUCAAUUCAUCAGUUGCUUAGCCACACAAAUUUUUGUUUUGUUCCUUAUCAUGUAUGACCAAAAAGAACUAUUCAUUCAUUCAUUCAUUCAUUCAUUCAUUCAUUCAGUAUAUUACAGAGUAGGGGUAUCCUCUGUGCAGCCUGGCUCUCUGAGACUGUGAGGGAGGGAGGGUGGACCAGAGGAUCCCCUACUUAAAACUCAAUAUGACUGUUGUAAUGAGCCUAAGAGAAACAAACCUACAAGGCCUCCUUGUUGCUGAGAGAAUAUCACACUGCUGAACAACAAUAUCUCCAUUCUGGUACAGUGAUAACAUGUCAGUUCUCAUAAUCAUGUUUUCUGUUUAAGCUCCUCCAUCAGGUCUUAAAAAUGGCAGGUAAGACAAAAAUAUACUGAGCAACAGGUUGUGUUAUUAGUUAACUACAUGGUUCUUGGAAAUUAAAUUUUGUUUGGUAAUCGUACAUUUUGAUAGAAUUGGAUAAUACGACAGGCCACAUUUUUUCCCGGUAAUUAUAUUAUUAUGGGCUAUAUUUCCACCAUAUUUUGGCCUGUGCAUUUAUCAGGGUGGGUGUGGGUCAGGGUUGUUAGCAGCUGUAUACAGCAUUGUACACAGCUGCUAACAUUUACUAUAGCAGAAAUACAUCAGAAAGUAUGUGUUUUAGAUGUAACACAUACUUUCUGAUGUACAUAUACCUACCAGCUGAAACCCCACAUUCCCACCCAUUUCCUGCUAUGCUCUCUAGCAGGGUGGGUGGCUUUGCCAGAGACUAUAAUUUUUGUAAGUUUACUUUCCCCUGGACGGGAGACACAGUUCUAUUGUGUCCUCUGUGAUGACACCUGCCCACCUUGGCCUCACCUCCUUCAGCACCGUGAGGACUGGCUCAUAACAACCAGGACACUAUGCUGCCACAGACCAGAUGCUGCAGCACUGGCUUAACUGUUAAUCUACACCGGACCCAUCACUGCUGGAUAGACAUGUUCUACUUCCUGCUAGCCCCAGUCAUUCUUCAAAGCAGAAGAUAACACCUGCCAGCCUUCGCCUCAUCUUCUCUAUGGCUCUGAGACACUGGACCAUCUCAACCAAACAUACAACCGAAACGUCAUGCUGACACAGACCAGAUGCUGCAGCACCAGUUCAACAGCGGAAUCAACAUCGGACCAUCACUGCUGGACCACAUUGAGACAUGUGUUCCCCCUGCCAGUGCUGAGGUUUCUUCACAGUGGAGCAUAAGGUCUUCCUCCACUGUGAUCCCUCCACUUCACAGUGGAGACACUCAGGACUGCAGAGAAGUAAACAUGUCAGGAAGCUGAACAUCAUGCAGCCUUCCAAAACUUCUCUGUGUGAAAUGGCACUGGACAGAAUAUUGUUUCUUGCCCUGCAGCAGUGUUGAAGGACCAGCUCCAUCUUCCUACCUCCACAUCACCAUCUGAUGCUGUACACAGUUCAGUUCAGUAGAGACUAACUACUGUUGAUCCUUUGGCAAGUGAUCAGGUGUACUGCUGCAGGGACCCAUGCACAAUGCUGCAGAUCGGUACUCAAUCAGUUUCUUAGGGACAGUGCCUCCAACUGUGCAACAUCAAGCUCCCCCCUAAACAACAAGGUAACAAUUUUAUUACCUUACUUCCCUCAUAAAAGAUCCCUCGUCAACCAAACCACCUGGUGCAUGCUGUUUACAUUUACAAUUACAGAACACAUAGACCAGAUAAUUGGAAGCAGUAGUUCUACAGCCACUGAAAAUGUCAAAGGUCAUUUCAUCUUCAUGUUGACACUGUCUUGAUAGUUUUGGUUUGUGCCAACAAUGGACAGAUUUAACAAACAGCAACAUGACAGAACACACUACCAAACAGUGGACAAAAUGACUGUUUCUCUGAAAAACAAUAACCAAUUUAAAAGAUUCUUUUUUGAUUGUUGAUAUCUAUCCAAACAAUGUAUGUUUAUUUUGUUUUUCAUAAGAAUUUAUUCCUUUCCUUUUCAUUUACCACAUGCAAGCAAACUAAUUAACCCAGAGAAGAGGACAGAUUUUAGAAAUAUUAAUCAUUAGGGUGGGGUUUCAGCUGGUAUCUAUGUCAAAGGUCUUUCACAUUUGUGUGCUUAGCCUUGGGCUAAUCUAAACCUCAUGGUAUACACAGCAGUCAUUUAUAUAACUCCUGUGUUAAAAUUUCAGAAUUUGAAAUCGAAAUUCAGAAUAUUCAGAGAAAGUCUUCACAAUGCCCACAACGCAUGCCCAGGUCAAAAAGCCACGUCUGAUGAUUUGACUGGGAAACAAAUGUUCCCAUGCUAGUCUUGAUGUCACUGUCAGUCCAGGCAUACUGGACCUUUGAAGCCAUUAACUAAUGGGGAUACCCUAUUAGCCUAGGUCUAACCAUGAUGUGAAAAGCCUUUGAUGGUAUUGCUGAAGAGUAAUGCAAACCAUCAGAAUUGUAAUGUCUUUGUUAUUCAGUGUCCCAGAGAGGACACUAUGUAUACAAAUUUCUAAUGUCAGUAGCUCUGUUUAGACACAUUUGUCACUCUUUCUAUGAUAAGAAUGUCUCUAGGUAUGAAAUACGUUAAAUGGUGAAUCUUGUGCAAAGUUCUUGUGCACAGUAUUAUUUGUGCACUGUGCCUACCAUAAAACCAUAAAAAAAAAACAAGAGAAUGGCUGAAAGAACAAUGUCUAAUAAGAUUCCAGUUACCUAACAAUGCAUAUUUUGCAUACACAGCACAUAACUAGUGCUACUGGUGGUGAAUUAUAUUGUUCAGCCCUGCCUUGUACAAGUAUACUAAACUAUACUACUUGUACAACUUAUACUAAAACACUAUGGAUUUUGGUUGUUAUUCAUUUUACUGCAAGCUCUGAAGUGUUUAAUAAGGCAACUCAUUGAGAAUCAAAGUCUGUAUUUUAAUUUAAUUGUUUGUUUGUUUAUUUUUUUGUUUGUUUGAGUUGAAAUGGGGCCAAUUCACAAGUGAGCACACCAUUGUCUUCAUGGGGUACAUCAUCACACAUUCAAAUCCUAGAAAUCUUCCACAAAAUUCACUUUAUAAAUGCUGUCUCAAAACUCACUCAGUUUUUUUUUAAUUAGUAAAAGUUGACUGAGAGGGUUUAAACCUUAUGCUGUAUGCAAAGGUGUAGCCCCAUUUCCAAUUUUCAGUUCACUUCAAUUACUUCCAGGUCUCUUCCAUCAUGCUCAUUUCAUAUACACAUAAUUUAGUUCAGUUCAGUUCAAAACACUACUGUGGUUGCACUCUGAGCUUCUUAAGGUCUGGGGGCUUUUAUUCUUAGGUUAGAUUACUUUGCCCUGGACAGGAAAUAUUUAGUGGUAUAUUGUAAACCAUUGAAAUUGUAAUAUCUUUGUUUAUUAAUCUCCAUCAAAGGAUACAAAGUUGUACAAUCUUCUAAUGUCAAAAGCUCUGUUUUGACAAUUUUGUCACUCUCAUAGGCACUAUGGAUUUUGGUUUUGCAAGUACAGUUUUUAUGUAUUUUCUAUGUUCUUUUGAUAAUGAAACACACUGACAAUCAAAGUUUAUAAGCACUAUGGAUUUUGGUUUUGCAAGUACCUUUGUUAAGGAUUUUCUGUUCUUUUUAUUUGUUUAUUGGUUAUUUCUUUUACUGCAAGCAAGUUUCUAAUUUUCAGAUGUAUUCAAUUAAUUUAAUUUCAAUUCACUUCAAGUAUGUUCAAUCAAUUUAAAUGUGAUUUAAUUCAGUUUUAGUUCAAAAAAUUAUUCAUCCUUACUUUUGACAAUUGAAUAUGCAUAGACGCUGUCACUGUUACAGGGGGAAAAAAUAAAUGAAGUCAAUCUAAUGUUACACCAAAGCAAUGAGUUGUGGUCACUUAUACUGGGAACGGAAAUCAAAUGAAAGAUGCUGGGUUCUCUUGUCAGAAAAGCAAUUGUUUAUAAAUGCAUA